AUGGCCGAGAAAACAAAUACGGAGGCAUCCACCAGCGCCAAGAAGAACCUUAUAGAACAUAAGUACUUCCACGAUCCCUUGUACACAGCUCGGAUUCAGAGAAUCAUGGAGUCAUACACAAUGUUCCGAGAAUGUAUCCGGGAUGGGAAUUGCCUGUACAUCUCCUAUGCAGUUGCGCUUGCAGACCUCCUGGCUGCUGAAAAGGAUGUUCUAUUAAGAACUUUGAUUGAUGCAUUUGAUAAGACGAAUGAAGCCCUCUGCCUGUAUAAUAUAGACGAGCUGGGAUACAAAGGGUUUUAUGAUUCGUUUGUCGAAAUCUUGGUGGACAUAGCCAAUGGGACAAAAAAGAUCGAAGAUGUUCCUCUUUACUCACUAUAUGAUUGUGUUGCAUACCUAAGGCUUAUUGUUUCAACAGAAAUAAAGUCGAAUCCGGACAAGUAUCAGCCCUACAUCCCGGAGAUGGACGUGGGUAAGUACUGCACAAGAUUUGUAGAUCCCUUCUACCAGCAGGCCGGAUGUGUGGAGAUAUGUGCCCUUUCUGGAAGUAUACCUGUUCGAAUUCAUGUUGUAGAUAUCACAAAAGACAAUGAGGAUGUUUAUGGAGACCAUCCUCACGAGAUCUCCAUUUUCUACACCCAUGGGCAUUUUGAGCCUAUAUAUCAGGACAGAUGCAGAGCGGAGGAGGAAGGGGAAUCCGAUUUAGAUAAAAAACUUAGUAUUCUCGAGACCGAUGGGGGUGAAGCAUGCAAUAAAAAGCAAGAGAGUUGCUAA